UGGUUGGAUUGCAUGGUGCAAGAGAAAGUGAGAUAGUUACAAGAGCUACCACUCAAUGGCCUGUAAUAAGCCAGGAAACCCUAAUACCUAAAAUAUCUCACUUGUGGGCUGCAACUCAACGACUCUGAUAUUAUUUUUAAAGCUUUUUUUCAUAACGGGAAUGGUAUAGGCGACAUAUUAUUGUUCACUCACUGUCACUGGUCCUAACGCGUACUGCUCAUCAACCCUUCACAACAACAACCGCCAAUAUUGUUGGCUAACUCAAGAAGAUAUAAUCCGUUACCUUCUCAAUUCCAUCGGCCUUUUUUGCCCCACUGCUGCUAAUCCCAUCAACUCCCUCGACAUCAUCGACACUCGGAAUAAGAUGGCCCUUCAUUAUGAUGACCCGGCCUCGUCUGCCUUACCUUUCAUUUCCCGGUCCCUCGAGAUUCAAGCUUCCGUUGCUAUAGUUGACAGUGACGGAAAGUUGGUCGGUGAAAUUUCGCCUUUCACGUUAAAUUAUUGCGAUGAGGAUGUAGCAGCUGCCAUUGCUACCCUUUCGGCUGGUGAUUUGUUGGCUUAUGUUGACUGCGGGGGGCCACCGGAGGAUUUAGUUCAGUUGGUGAAGAAAAGGUUGCAAGAGCGGAAUUUAGAGCAAGCUUUGGAAUUGGUAGAAGAAUAUUCGUCCGGAGCUUCGAUUUCAACAUCGUAUUCGUCUUCUUCUUCGGACGAUGAAUUUGGAAUGGGGAGGAGUGCGAGAUGGAUGGGGUACUCAGCGAGAGCGGUGAGGAGAUCGGAAGCAAUCGUGUCUUAUCCAUGGAGCUCGUCGGUGGCAGUGAUGAUUCAGGCGCUUACGCGUCGAGUAAGUUAUGUGUGGGUGGUCGACGACGACGGAACUUUAGCCGGCAUAUAUACUGUCCUCUAAAUGGAUAAAUGGCAGGAUUAAAUUUGGUUUAAACAAUUUAAAAAAGGACAUUGUCUAGGAGAUGCAGAAAAGUGGGGAACUUAAGGUUAGCUAAGAAAGGGACUCUGGAGGAUCGUCUGAGAAGUUUGAUUUGAUCGUCAUUUGUGAUGCUCUUCAUGAAGGGUUAACCCAGAUGCUCCACGAUGUGGUUUCAGCUCCAAAGUUGUCAACGGCCUAAGGGAGGCAGGUGUGAGUUUUGGGUGGUUGGAUAUUUUACUGAUGAUGAAGUCAGACAGGGCUUGGAAGUCAUUUCAAACUGGCUGACUAUUCCUCAACCUUAUUACAAAGGAAAGCUUGUUGGAGGUUGUGAUAUUAUGUUGGAGCUAAAAACAAUGAUGAGCCGAAUGCCAGAGUGUCUCAGUAGGGUGGUUCAAUCUGUUUAAGAUAAAUAUGGCUUCAAUUAUAGACUCCAGCCUUCCAAGUUAAAUAUGUGGCAAUUGACAUCACUUUAGAAAGUUUUUUUUCCCUGGUUUGGAUUUUUCUUCGAACUCCUAAUACCUGUGUUUUUGAGGGAUGAUCAAGUAGUAUUCCCUGUAACAGCACUACGUACGUGCAUCAUUUUAGGUUUGGGCUGUUGUUAACUUCCCUUAUUUUGAGUAGACUUUCCUGGAAUGCUUGUUUCAAAA